AUGUCCUUACAAUUGCUCAACCCCAAGGCAGAAUCGUUGAGGAGAGAUGCGGCUUUAAAAGUCAACGUUACGUCUGCGGAAGGCCUCCAGUCGGUGCUGGAAACCAACCUGGGCCCUAAGGGAACUCUUAAGAUGUUGGUGGACAGUGCAGGAAACAUUAAGCUUACAAAGGACGGAAAAGUACUUCUGACGGAAAUGCAGAUCCAGUCGCCCACUGCUGUGAUGAUAGCGAGAGCUGCGGCUGCUCAGGACGAGAUCACCGGCGACGGCACCACCACUGUGGUAUGUCUGGUGGGAGAACUGUUGAAGCAAGCACACAGGUUCAUCCAAGAAGGCGUCCAUCCUAGAAUGAUCACAGACGGGUUUGAAAUCGCAAGACGUGAGACGAUGGAGUUUUUGAACGGCUUCAAAAUCGACAAAACCGUGGAUGAAGAAAUGGACCGCGAAUUUCUAUUGCAAGUGGCUAGAAGCUCUCUCUCAACCAAAGUCACACCGGAAUUGACCGAGGUCUUGACCCCUAUAGUGACAGAUGCGGUUUUGAGCGUGAGAAACGCCGACGAUCGCUCCUUGGACUUGCAUAUGGUGGAGAUCAUGCAAAUGCAGCAUUUGUCCGCCAGAGAUACGACUUUCAUCAAGGGUCUUGUGCUGGAUCACGGUGCCAGACAUCCAGACAUGCCUACGCGCGUGGAAAACGCACACAUUUUGAUUCUAAACGUGUCACUGGAGUACGAGAAAACUGAGGUCAACUCCGGCUUCUACUAUAGCUCAGCAGAACAGAGAGAUAAGCUUGUUGCAAGUGAAAGAAAGUUUGUGGAUGAAAAACUGAAAAAAAUCAUAGAUAUCAAAAACGAGGUUUGCGGGCUUGACUCCAACACUGGGUUUGUGAUCAUUAACCAAAAGGGUAUCGACCCAUUGUCACUAGACGUGCUCGCAAAGCACAACAUUCUCGCGCUAAGAAGAGCCAAGAGACGUAACAUGGAAAGACUACAGCUUGUUACGGGAGGAGAAGCGCAAAACUCUGUAGACGACCUGUCGCCCUCCGUGUUGGGAUUCUCGGGUCUGGUGUAUGAGCAAACUAUUGGCGAGGAAAAGUUCACCUACGUGACGGAAAAUCGCGACCCCAAAUCCUGUACUAUCUUGAUCAAGGGCGCCACUUACCACGCUCUCAAUCAGACAAAAGAUGCUGUAAGAGAUGGUCUAAGAGCCGUUGCCAACGUGCUUAAAGACAAAUCUGUCGUUCCCGGCGCUGGUGCCUUCUAUCUAGCCGCCUCCAACCACCUCAGGAACGCCAAUGCUGCCAAGCUAGGUGCCAAAGGCAAAGCCAAGUCUGGUGUACAGGCUUUUGCAGAAGCACUACUGAUUGUUCCCAAGACUUUGGUCAAAAAUUCGGGUUUCGAUGCUCUCGAUGUUCUAGCCCUGUGCCAAGACGAGCUCGACGAAAACGCCGACAGAAGCGUGGGUGUCGAUCUGAACGUCGGAGACACCUGUGAUCCUACCAUCGAAGGUAUCUGGGACUCCUACCGUGUCAUAAGAAAUGCCAUCACCGGUUCCACGGGUAUCGCCAGCAACCUAUUGUUGUGUGAUGAGUUGCUAAGAGCUGGCAGAUCCACUUUAAAAGAGGGACCUCCACAAUGA